AGAGAGAGAGAGAUAAAGGGGUCGUCCAAGGGUAAUACCCCAAAGCCAAACCUGGCUUUGAUUUCCGGGGAGAGUCCGAAGGAUUUCUCUUACAGGAACGGGAAGAAAUGAUGCCUGAAUUCAUUUCCUUUCGUCAUCCUCACAACCAUAAAUACCGAUAGAAAUAGGGAAGAAAGGGGGGAGGAUUAUAUGAAAUUUACAAAAAAGAUUUUCUGAAUUUAGAUAGUUGCACACAUAUACCUGUAAAGGAGGGGAGAAAGAAAGGGUGGUUUAUUCAGAUCAGUUCAAUCAAGCUCUCCUUCUCUUCCCUUAUCCUACACGUAUACUGAUUCGAUUCUUGUAAAGUCGAGAAACAACGAAGGCGAUAUAUAUAUAUAUAUAUAUUGAUUUGUUUAGUUUCGAUUGAGAAAGAAAUGUUGGAGGAUCGGCCUUGCUUGGUUUCAAGGGAAUAUUCUCGGAGUCUCGAUCCUGACAACUGGCAUAUAAAUUACUGCGCUGAUAAAGUCGAGGUGCAGCAUAACAAGCGGCCAUUGGAGACGGAUGGAGAAGAAGUUGCAAGAAAGGUACCUAAGCAACAAUCGUCUGGUCAGAGUCAGAUACAAACUUCGAGCCAAGAAAACGGCGGGGACAAUUCCGACUUAAGUUUGUUAAUUCCAGCACUUGACUACGACAACUCGAUCAGUUGUCUCAUUCGCUGCUCCCGGGCUGAUUACGGCGCCAUUGCAUCUCUCAGCCGGAGCUUUCGCUCCAUUAUCAAAAGCGGGAAGCUUUAUGAAUUGAGGAGGAAGAGCGGGGUGAUCGAGCAUUGGGUUUAUUUUUCUUGCCAAUUGCUCGAAUGGGAAGCCUUCGACCCGAAUCGCCGCCGUUGGAUGCGUUUACCGAGAAUGAUCCCCAACGACUGCUUCCAGCUCGCCGAUAAAGAAUCUCUGGCUGUCGGGACCGAGCUUCUCGUUUUCGGGAAGGACUUUAUGGCCCACGUCGUUUACCGUUACAGUUUGCUGACGAACGCGUGGACUAUGGGAACGUGUAUGGACGAGCCCCGAUGCUUGUUUGGGUCGGCGAGCUUAGGGGAGAUUGCGAUUUUGGCCGGCGGUUGUAAUUCGCAGGGAAACAUUCUUAGUUCGGCCGAAAUGUAUAAUUCCGAGACAGGGCGGUGGAAGACGCUCCCGAGCAUGAAAAAGCCGAGGCAAAUGUGUUCCGGGUUCUUCAUGGAUGGGAAGUUUUACGUCAUCGGAGGCGUCGGAGGAGUCGAUUCGAAGCUUCUCACGUGCGGCGAGGAGUACGAUUUGGCUACGGAGACGUGGACCGAAAUCCCGAACAUGACCCCCGUACGGAGCGUCGUCGAGGAUCGGGAAGACGAUCAACCGCCUCCCGCUACACCCGAAGCUCCGCCGUUGAUCGCAGUUGUAAAUAAUCAAUUAUACGCGGCGGAUCAUGCCAACAUGGUGGUUCGAAAGUAUAACAAGGUUGAUAGGAAAUGGCGUACGAUAGGAAGAUUGCCGGAGCGCGCGGAUUCGAUGUACGGUUGGGGUUUGGCCUUCCGGGCAUGCGGCGAUCGUCUCAUCGUCGUCGGAGGCCCUCGGAACAAUGCCGGCGAGGGUAUCAUCGAGAUUAAUUCGUGGGUUCCCGGCGACGGCGAAGACCCUCCGCAAUGGGAAUUGCUCGGCCAGAAACGAUCGGCAAAUUUUGUCUAUAAUUGUGCUGUGAUGGGGUGCUAGAUCAGCUUCCGGGUUUGUUGUUGUACGCUGGCGAUCGAUAGGAAUUGGUUCCGGCUCCGGCGAUGCGCGGCGGCGCCGGAGCCUUGCUAAUGGGUAGUUUCCGAAUUCUGAUUUUAUUUUUAUUUCGAUUUUUUUUCGGGUUUUAUGUCCGUUGGAAAUUGGUGGAUAGGAAAGAUGAUCAAAAUUUAUUCAAGAUGCAAUUGAAUGUUUUCUUGAGAUAUUCUCGAGUACGAAGAAACAUGUGUAACGAUUCUGAUUUCUUUGCCAAAGCUUUGUCGAACAAAAUCACUAAAGAAUUUAAAAGUAUUUUUAUAUAAAUAAUAAAUUAAUAUUUUUUUAUUA